CCUUAUUUAAAUAAACUUUUCCAAACUUCCAGAACUUUCCUCUGCAGGGUAUAUAGAGCCAGCUAGGCAGAGAGAGACACAGACUUGCAGACACAGAGCAAGGAAGAGGUUGGAGAAGGUCUCAGCCCCAGGUGCCCUGAAAUCCUUCUAGGUAAGGCCAUUCCCUGUCUGCAUGCUGUCUCUGAUUUAACCAGGUGUUUGUGCAAGGGGUGCACUUAUUUUCCAACUAUGCUUCUUGUACUAAGUGGGGUUUUAUCUAAUUACUGCAAAGGGUGCAUAUUAGCUGCCUCUGAGGCUCUGAAUGGGUUAAAUGGCAUUAAAAGCUGUAUUGAUCAAAUUGGGGCAUUAUAUUGGAUAUAACACAAGGUGCAUUGAUUUGGAACAUUUGCAGCCCUUGCAUGAUCAAUAUCCUGGUAUUCACUAAGCAGUGAGACCGACUUGCAAAAUGAAACCGAAAACUGCAGACUUGGGAGGGAAAAAUGUCCACCUUGACAACUGGAGGAUUUUAACCAGCCCAUAAUUCUGCAAGUCAGUCGUCCGCUUGUUGGCUGUUUAGUGAAUACGACCAUAAAUAAUUACAAAUGAGUUUGGCUGGUUAAUAGUUUUCGCUGUUUUUUUAACCGUGUUAUUGCCAUAUUUGUGCCGAAUAUAUUAUUUUUGCAAUGUGUUGGGCACUGCGCAGGCUCUAAAUCAGGGGUUCUCAAACUCUGGCCCCCCAGAUGUUGCUGAACCACAACUCCCAUGAUUCUUUGAAUUACAUAGCCAGAGAAUCAUGGGAGUUGUAGUUCAGCAACAUCUGUGGGCCGGAGUUUGAGGACCCCUGCUCUAAAUGGUUAAAUCCAAUAUACAAUAAACCGCCAUUUUGUAUUUGGUAGAAUUGCAAAUCCUUUUAACGUAUUACUGUGUGCAUGCAAUUAUUGUUUAACCCCAUCAUUGAGAUUGUUUGUUUGUUUGUUUGUUUUUCCAACGCUGCUAUAUUGGCUUUAUCAUUGCUGGCGCCAACUCACCGUAGCUCAAAGAUUAGUAAAUAAGCCACAGAAAUAUUGUUAACAUCGCCCACAACUGACAAUAAAAGGACUGAAAGUCAGGGCAGAGAAUCUGCAGUUCCAAACACAGACAGAAUGUUAACAGUAAGCUUCAUUUUCUGCAUCACAUGGGCGGUUAUAGAUGUUUUGUAGAUAAUAAUAUUGUACAGCGCUGCGGAAUUUGUUGGCGCUUUAUAAAUAAAGAUAAUAUGCAUUCAAAAUGGCCGGGCUCUCUAGGACAAGUAAUGCAGCAAUGCGAGAGUUAAAGAGCACUGGGCCCAUGACAGCCCUGCCACAUCAGCACAUCACACCAACUCUGACGCCCUGCACCCACCAUCACCCGCAGCCCCCCUCCUUCCAUGCAGCCAUCGCUAGUCCCUUCCCCUGCAGACAGUAAAUCUUUAUUAUUAUUAUUAUUAUUAUUAUUAUUAUGAUUUUAAAUGGUCAGAUAUCUCCUACAAUGUGACCCCUGGACCAUGACAGUGCAGCUUGUUUAGUCUGUUCCCGAGGAUUCUGCUUUAUCUGUCUAUUUCUUUCAGAAUGAAAAUUGCAAACGUUGACUACAGUAUGAAAAAGUGUCAAGGUAUCUUGGUUAAAAUUUUAAAGAAAAACCACUCCAUUAUUACUGGUCUGCUGGCUGGUCUUAGCAGCUAUAAUCCUAUUGUUACCUGUCUGGACAAUAGGAUAUUACUGUAACGUACCUGGUUAAAGAUAUUGAUUUCAUUGUAAAUAUUAUUUCCCUUCAAAUCUCAAUGAAUUCUUCAGCUCUCUGCAAAGGUUUAAUAAACUUUGAGUUUAUUAUUAUUUAAAAGGCUCAAACAUAUUCUGCAGCGCAGUACAAUUAUAUUUGCUGCCCUUUAAAAGGCACUGUUUUAAAACCAGCCUUCACUGGUCCUUAGUCACUAAGCUUUUAAUAAGUAGCUGGAAGACGUUUUGCUCUGGCAGUCAGAUCUGUAGCUGGAGGGAACACUUUAAAAUCUAGGUGGGGUUAAGAUUAAUGAAUGAGCUCAACAAACUAAAAUUAGAAAUGGCUCUUUGUUUAAGACUUGGCGUGGAUCCACGGCUUGCUGCAUCCUGCCCUGCAUGUUCUUCUGAAGCAUAGUCACCUUCUUAACAUUUGUGAAUAGUUGAUUUACGCUUUAAUGUGCAUCAUCUUUAAUCCUCUGCAGGGAAAGUUACGACUGUACCUUUAAUGCCCACAACUGCCUGUUUCUAAUAUUUAGUUAAAGAACUUUAACUAUGCAGCGGCUUUGUAGCCUCACGGCUAGAAAAACCCACUGGCACCUCCCCAAUCCCUGAGACUGUUAAACAAAUCCUAGUACUGUAAUGCGCUGCGGAAUAAACUGGCGCUAUAUAAAUACCAAUAAUAAUACCAUUACCAGUGGGGAAAAUUUCCAUUAAAGAUUAGAACUAAGUUGUGCACAGAGUAGAAUAACCGGAAUCAUUAGUACUUUCCAAAUUAGUUAUUAACAAAAAACUUUUUUAAGUUGCUGCUUGUCCAGGAGAACCAUAAAAUGAAUACUUUUUUUUUAUUGCAGUUUAAUUAAUUUAUUUGUAGAUGUCUUCCAAAACAAAAAGAAUAGUACUUAGUCAACUUUGGUCAUUCAAAGUUUGUUGCAUUUACUGCAGUCACUCCAUGUAGCCACUAGGGGGAGUAAAAGAACCAUUUAGGUUUUUCUGUCUCGAAGCAACAGUCGAGUGACAAAUCCUAUUUAAACACGAAAAGAGGUUGAUCAUUGUAAGAUCAAAUUAUUCUAGAACUAAAAGACACCUGAAUGAGAUCUUAGUUGAGUAACUUCUAGGCUUUCUUCUUUUAAUAACAAUAUGUGUUUCUCUGUUGCAGCAUCACCAGCUAGCAUCCUACCAAUAAAGUCACCAUGUGGAUGAUGAAGAUCGUGGCCCUUGGCUUCCUCCUCGCUGUACAUGCAGCAGUUGAUAAGAAGAAGCUGGUUGUUGACAAGAAACCAGCAGAUGCUCCAGUUGCAAAAAAGAUCAGUGAGCAAGCUAACACACUUGCGGACAAAAGUGCAGGCCUUGCGUUCAACCUCUACCAGACUAUGGCCAAGGACAAGAAGAUAGAGAACAUUCUUGUCUCACCUGUUGUAGUGGCAUCUUCUCUUGGCCUGGUAAACCUCGGUGGGAAGGCCAGUACUGCUGCCCAAGCUAAGGCUGUCCUGAGCGUUGACAAGCUGAGUGAUGAUCACAUGCACUCUGGCCUUGCAGAGCUCCUCAAUGAAGUCAGCAAUUCCACGGCCCGUAACGUCACUUGGAAGAUUGGGAACCGGUUGUAUGGACCAAGCUCCAUCAGCUUCACUGACGACUUUGUUAAGAACAGCAAAAAACACUACAAUUACGAACACUCCAAGAUCAACUUUAGAGACAAGAGAAGUGCCCUGAAAUCCAUCAACGAAUGGGCUGCCCAGACUACUGAUGGCAAGCUGCCAGAGGUGACUAGCGAUGUGGAGAAGACCGAUGGUGCGCUCAUUGUCAAUGCCAUGUUUUUCAAGCGUAAGUAUUUUAAGUUAAUUAAACAAGUCCCUUGAAUAAGUUUCAAUAAUGCUGUUUAUUUUUGUUAGAAACAAGGAAGGUUGUAGAAAUUCAAAAAAAUUAUGUUUAUUAUUGUAUUUUCUUCAGCUCACUGGGAUGAAAAGUUCCACCACAAAAUGGUCGACAACCGUGGUUUCAUGGUGACUCGCUCCUUCACUGUGUCCGUUCCCAUGAUGCACCGCACUGGUAAGCAGUGAUCAGAUCAACUAUAUAAAAUGUUCUGUAAGAAAUAUUGUGCAUACUGACAGCCCUUCUCAUCACCACAUGAUAUACUUUAAGCCAUCAAAGAUCUAUACAUGGUGUUACCCAACAGAAUAACUUCAUUUAGUCAUCUCCUGCCAGGUGUUGCCAGAAAACAAUAGAACCUUUUUAAUAGAUUAUAUUGUUUUGGUUAUGACGUUAGGAAAAAAAUAAUCAUCUGGUUGUUAUUUUUCUUUAAGGUUUGUACAAUUACUUUGAGGAUGAAGUUAACACUCUUCAGAUCUUGGAGAUGCCAUUGGCUCACAAACUGUCCAGUAUGAUCUUAAUCAUGCCGUACCACGUUGAGCCACUGGAACGGGUGGAGAAACUGCUGACCCGAGAGCAAGUGAAGACAUGGAUAGGAAAGUUUACUAAGAGGGCAGUGGCCGUGUCUCUGCCCAAAGUCAGCCUGGAAGUUAGCCACGACCUCCAGGUGAGUUUAUUAGCCAGAUCUCUCAUACCAUAGUAUUCGGAAUAUUACGGUUAUUAUGUAGAAUUCCUUCCUAACGAUUAUAGGUCCAAUUAAGAGCAAAGGCUUGAUACCCCCCUUCCUAGAUUUAGUUAUUUUAAACAUGUUGGUUGCAGUGAUGUCACUUACUGACUAGCUAUUGCAUUUUGGGUAGGUCGUAGCUGCCUGCAAGCUUUAUAUUUAUAAUGCUUGUGAAAAAGGUUUUACUAUUGCUAUUUACAGUGGCAGUAACCAGCGGACAUUCACUUUACUAAAACAGUCAUUUUUAACAUGUUUAGUAUUUAGAAAUCUUUGCUAAUGCCUAUGGUCAUACAUAUGUUUUUUGGGGGGUUUAUUUUAGUGUCGCCCAGGGGUGUCCACAGGAUAGAUCUCCAGAUACUGUAAAACUUUAAGUCAGAUGAUGCUUUGUUGGUCUUCAAAAUGGCAAAGGAGAUUGUGGUACUAAAACAUCUGGGGAUCUACAUUUUAAGUACCCUUUGUGCAGUUUAUUUAAAUCCAAUAAGAUUUUUUUAAGUUUCUCUUAGCUGGUUCUCACAUCUUUUGUCUUCUUAAUUCCAGAAACAUUUGGGAGAUCUUGGCCUGACAGAAGCCAUUGAUAAAUCCAAAGCUGACCUUUCCAAAAUCUCUGGCAAGAAGGACCUUUACCUUGCCAGCAUGUUCCAUGCUGCAGCCUUGGAGUGGGACACCGAUGGAAACCCAUUCGAUUCAGACAUCUAUGGCAGAGAAGAGCUGAGGGCCCCUAAACUCUUCUAUGCUGAUCACCCCUUCGUCUUCCUUAUCAAGGACAACAAGACAGACUCUAUCCUCUUCAUUGGCCGACUAGUGAGGCCAAAGGGAGACAAAAUGCGUGAUGAAUUAUAGUAUAUUCCAAAACACAAAUGGGGGGAUGGCUGGGUAGUUUAAAAAAAAACUUUGAUAUUGUUUUGUAUUACAAAGGGUGCUAAAUGGCUCAGGUCACAUCUUGUAAUUAGACACAGCAAUCUGUUUACAUCAGCAGUGGUGUACCCUCUGGGGUUAAUAGUCCUGACCAGAAUAACUCACUGCAGUUUGCAAAGGAGCGGGGAAAGAGAUGCUCAAUUAAACCACGUACACGGCAUUCCAGUAGAGCACACUCGUAAUGGAUACUAUCAUGAACUCUCCUUUGCACAGGGCUUUUCAAAAUGGUAGCUCCAUAGGUGAGGGACAUAUAGCUAAGGCUGCCUGAGGUUCAUGAGGUUUCUAAUUAAAUAGCAGUUGGGAACACUGGUCUGCAAACCAUUCCAAGAAGGUGGGGCCAUUCAUUCAGGUGGAUAAUCUAAAGAUAUAUAUUUUUUAAUGACCGGUAACGUAAUAAUCAUUCCUGGUUGUAAUAAUAAGCCGCAUAGCUUUUAGCAAUAUCUGUGGCAAGUCAGAGACAUUGCUGGAAAUAAACUGUGUUCGAUAACAUUUUAAGAUGAGAUGGAGAUUCCCAAUGAUCUAGAACACGGCUGAGCAAAAGGAAGAUCCCCAGAUAUUGUAGAACUGCAGCUACCAUGAUACUUUGCCCUCCUUUAAGAAUGUCACAGCAUAGUGGCAUUAGCAGUUUUACAACAUCUGGGGAUCUACAAUUUGCCCAUCUUUGGUCUAGAGCAGGGGUGUCCAAAAGGUAGAUCCUUAAAACUACAGCUUACAUGAUUUUCGUCAUUCUAAAUGUAUGUUCUACAACAUCUGGGGAUCUCUCUUUAGGAACCCCUGGUGAUACUAGCACACAGGAUCUUCAGUUCCUGAAACCCCUCACUUUAUAUCUGCUACAUGUGCUUGGAAUUAACCCUGUCAGGGUUGCAUACAACACAGUUUAAUAUACACAAGGCAUUAUGUAACAGAAUUAACCCUUAGUACAAGCAGUUAUUUUUGUUGAAUUUCGUUGCUCAGUCUUCGGCCGCUCAGUGAGAUCCCAAGUUUAAAGGUCAGGUGAUAAAUUGGUAGCACAUCCACCAUUUGUUUUAUGGAAUAUACUUCCAGGUAUUGGAAGCCGGCUCUGCCCUCUCCUGUGAGAGGAUUUCAUCUGUAUUAAGAGGUCAAGGAAGCACAUUAAGGGAGAUGGCAACUGGUAUCUCACUAUGCAAUCACUCCUAGGACCCGAUCGGGUGCUACAUCGAAUUUCUGAGAAUGAAUGUGGGCUGGGGAUCAGGAUGUACGUAUUUAAAAAUAUGGAAAAGAAAAAGAAAAAAAAAAUGGAUUUUGAAUUACUUUCACCAUGUGGAUUCACAAAAUCUGUAUUUUGUAAAAGUUACAAGUUUGAAAGAAAUGUGAGUGUUUUUUUGCAAUACAUUUUUAAAAUAAAAGUUGCAAUUGUUUUUAUUUUGAGGUCAGGGUAUUUGGGCAGGGUAUUGUUGGUUGGUCGCUAUACUUGUCCAUAGGAACGGUCCAGCUUUCAUUAUUUGUAGCAGCUUUUUUCUAUAUAGCUGACGUUAACCUUUUCUAUUUCAGAACCCAGAAAAUGCAUCGAAAUAUAAAAUAAUUCAUAAAUCCCAACAUCUCAAGUAAAGAGGGGCUGUGUUACAUUGUGACAUCAUGAUCUACUACUGCGAUAAAAUAAAUAAAAAUUAAAAUCCCCAAAA